AUGAUUUUUGUUCUGUGUUUGACAUUAUUCGUCAUAUUCAUAUUUCACCAAUUUUAUUGGCGUCGACGAAAUCUUCCGCCAGGUCCAAUGCCAUGGCCAUUAGUCGGAAAUUUUGCGUCAUUAUUUUAUCCCUCGCCAGGAUAUGCGGCUUUUAAUCGAUGGACUAAACAAUACGGAGAUGUCUAUACUUUUUGGCUGAGUUCUACUCCUUAUAUUAUGAUUAACUCGUAUGAACUUAUGAAAGAGACAUUUGUGAAAGAUGGUGACACUUAUGUUGGAAAGAAAACACAACCUAUGAAUAUUGAACUUCGUGGUGGGAGCUAUGGUGUGAUUGAUACGAAUGGUGAAGUUUGGAGGAAUCAUCGAAGAUUUGCGUUGAUGAAUUUACGAGAUAUUGGAUUGGGUAAAGAUUUGAUGCAGGAGAAGAUUUUGAUUGAGGUGGAAGAUAUGUUCAAAGAUUUUGAUUCGACGAUCGGAAGUAUUGAAGAAAUUGAUAUUCCAUUGAGAUUUUAUAAUGGAGUUGUGAAUGUUAUCAAUCAAGCCACCCUUGGUUAUCGUUUCGAUAGUGUAAGUUGAAAUGUUAUCAGCAAUUGUGAUCCUUUUUCUAUUCAGGAAAAUUAUCAUGAGUUUACUAAACUCAAAGGCUUGCUUGAAUUCCAAGAUGAAGCAUUCAACGAUCCAAUAGUGAUGAUCCAGGCAUUCGUUCCAAUCCUUGGCAAAUUAUUUCCGAAUCGUAGCAUUCAAAAAAUUCUAGAUGGAUUCAAAGAGGACUUCUAUGGAUUUUUCAACGAGGAAAUUGAGAAAAAUAGAAAGAAAAUUGAUUUUGAUUCGGAGGAAAGUGAUAAUUAUUGUGAGGCUUAUUUGAAAGAACAAAAGAAGAGAGAAGCUGAAGGUGAUUUCGAAAGUUUUUCAAAUAAACAACUCUCUAAUAUGAUUCUUGAUCUUUGGUUUGCUGGAUUAGUCACAACUACAACUACUAUCUCAUGGGCAAUAACUUAUUUUUUGCAUAAUCCAGAAGUUCAGGAAAAAAUUUAUGAAGAACUUGAUAGAGUUAUUGGUGGCGAAAAACUUAUCACAACUUCGGAUAAAAAUGAUCUUCCAUAUAUGAAUUCAUUUAUAAAUGAAUCUCAAAGAUGCGCAAAUAUAAUUCCAAUUAAUUUAUUACACGAAACAACAAGAGAUACAGUAAUCAAUGGUUGGGCAGUAAAAGCUGGAACUGGAGUGAUUGCUCAGAUUAGUACAGUUAUGAUGGAUGAAAAACUAUUCCCAAAUCCUGAAAAAUUCGAUCCUUCACGAUAUAUUGAUAAAGAAACUGGGAAGUUCAAGAAAAUCGAUGAAGUUCUUCCAUUUUCAAUUGGAAAACGACAAUGUUUAGGAGAAGGAUUAGCAAGGAUGGAACUAUUUUUAUUCAUUUCAAAUUUCCUAAAUCGAUACAAGGUAAGCUUUCGAAGCAGAAUUUCUAGAAAUAUGAUAAUUUACAGAUAAAAGUCAACGAACUUCCAUCAAUCGAUAAAAGCAAAGAAACAACAGUUACACCAAGAAAAUUCAACGGGUUCGUCACUCGACGAUAUUUGUAA